GUGGGUGCCGGUGGUCUACAACCAGUGGGGCGAGCCGCAGCUCCCACACCGGCCGCCUGCGCUGUUGCCGCCGCAUCCGCCGGCGGCGGCGGCCCCUUUUGCUGGCACGGGUGCAGCCCACGGUGCAGCCACAGGUGGCGGUGUUGCUGCUAACCCCUCGGGGGCUGCAGCAAUGCCGGCGCCAAAAAAAAAUCCUGGCCAGGUGGACCUAAGCAGCGAGGAUGACGACGAGGAGUCUGAGGAGGAGGAGGCGGCUAAGAAGGACGAGGACAAGGAGCCGGACUCCCAGUCGCGGAAGGAUGAUAUCGUGGUGGUGGACCACGACCAGGAGAAGAAGAAAGAAGAAAAGGGUGGCAAAAAGGAGGAGGCUGCUCAGAAGCGCAAGAAGAAGGAGAGCAGCUCUUCCAGCGGAGGCAACAGUGAGUCCUCCAGCAAGAAAGAAAAGCCCCGUGCAGCCCCCGCUGCCAAGGAGGCCAAGCAGGCACACGAGGCCCAGGCCGACGAGAAAGAGAGCGGCAAGGCCAAGGAGCCCAAGGAAGACAAGGAGGCGGAGGCGGCGGAGGGCGAGCCUGCAGCGCGGCCUGCGAGGAAGAACCGCAGCCGGCACUCAGCGGACGAGGCAGAUGUCGUUCGCUGCGAGCACUGCUGGAUGUGUGUGAAGAAAGAAGGCCUGCAAAGCCACCUGGAGAACAGCGAAUACUGCCGCCAGUGGCGGCUCCACGCCGCCGGCCAAAAUGUGGCCGGCCAAAAGCCUGCGGAAGAGCAGGCGAGCUCGGGUGCGUGCCAGUGCAGACACUGCUCACGGCAGUUCAUGCGCAGGUGGGACAUGCUGCAGCACUGCCUGGGCACGCACCCGAACUCCGACGAGGCUAAGGAAUGCUUGCAGGCCAUGCACAAUAAGCGGAAGAAGCAGCCAUCAAAGGAGGACCGGGCGGCUAGCAUGAGCCAGCACAGGCCGCCGGUUCAGCUGCGGAGCAGGGGGCGUGUGGAGGAGCCGCCGCACAGACGUGGCCCGCGGCGUGAAGAGAGCCGAGAUGAUGAUGGCAGCCGUGGGCGCCGGAGAAGCCGUGGUGAGAGCCGCCAGAGCCGUGGCCAGGCAAGCUCUCGAGGCGGCGGCCAGGCAAGCUCUCGGGGGAGCCGCAAAGGCGGCGGCCAGGCAAGCUCUCGAGGGAGCCGCAAGAGCUCCCGCGGCAGCGAGCACAUGGACCGACGCUUCUCGGGCCGCAGGGCGAGCGAGCCUGCGGCAAGCUCCGGCCGCCGUGGGCGCGAUUCGCGGAAGGAGCCGACAGGGCAGCUAGGCCGCAGCAAAUCAUCGCCAAGGGAUCGGGCCAUGGUGGCGGGUCAGAGCCAGAGCCCUCAGAUCCCCCAGAUGAUGCUGGCCUUUUUCGAUGCCACCACGAAGAUGCUGGACAUGCAGCAGCAGUAG